UAGUAACAUUUUGAGUAUUUUCAUACAUGUGAUUGAAUUUGUGCUAACUAAAUUGUUUGAACAUUUGUCAAGGAAAGCCGAUUUUAAGUUUGAAUAUUUAAUGUCUCCUUUAUUUAGGAUGGAUAAGAGUUGGAUACUGGAGCCUCGUACUACACUUGAGUAUAAGAAAGGGCUUCAAAUAUUUUUAGACUCUGCAUUUUCUAAUGUGUCAUCUGAUAAUAGGAUUAAGUGCCCUUGUUCUAGUUGUGGGUUUAGACUAUAUCAGACAAGAGUAGAGGUGUUUGACAAUCUUUUGUUCAGCCCUUUUCCGACAGCUUACACUGUUUGGUUAUUACAUGGUAAGAAGGAUGUAGGAGAAACUUCAGCCACUAGACAUGAAAGUCAACAUAUUGAUGCUCGUGAUAAUCCAAUGCAAGACAUGGUUAAUGAUGUUUUCAAUUUCUAUGGACAACCUGCAAACCAAGAACAUGUCACAUCGCAUGGACCAGUAACCGAAGGCGAAAAUGACAUGUUGCCUUUACCUGAUGGUCCAAAUGAUAAAGCUAAAGAGUUUUAUGAGUUAAUGAGGGAUGGGGAACAAGAACUUUAUCAAGGGUGUGUGAAGUACUCAAAGUUGUCUUUUCUAUUGAGACUUUAUCACAUUAAGUGCAUGUGUGGGAUGAGUGAUAAGGCCAUGACGAUGAUAAUAGAGUUGUUGCAUGAUGCCUUUGAGAAUGCAAAGAUCCCCAAGUCAUUCUAUGAGGCCAAGAAAACUAUUAAAAAACUUGGUCUUAGUUAUAAGAAAAUACAUGCAUGUCCAAAUGAUUGCAUGUUAUAUAGGGGAGAAGAUAAAGAAAGACAAGAAUGCAAGAGAUGUGGCACAUCUAGAUGGAAGGUAAAUGCUAAGAAAAACUUUUCCAGUGAUCUUGAAGCAAAUAAAAAGAAGACACUGCAACCUGCAAAAGUUCUUCGUUAUUUUCCUCUAAUUCCACGACUGCAAAGGUUGUUCAUGUCUAGUAAGACAUCUACUGAUAUGAGAUGGCAUAGUGUUGAUUGCCAUAAGGAUGGCUUAUUGAGGCAUCCAAGAGAUGCUGAAGCAUGGAAAAAUUUUGACUUCACAUUUCCUGAAUUUUCUCAAGACCCACGUAAUGUCCGUCUUGCCUUAGCGAGUGAUGGGUUCAAUCCUUUUGGACAUAUGAGCGCUAAUCAUAGCAUUUGGCCAGUGGUUCUCAUUCCGUACAACACCCCUCCUUGGGAGUUGUGGGAUGGUGUUCAGACCUUUGAUGCUUUGUCAACUGAAACUUUCAAAAUGAGAGCAGCAUUGAUGUGGACAAUUAGUGAUUUUCCAGGAUAUGGUAUUUUGUCUGGGUGGAGCACGUAUGAUGGUUACUCAAGCAAUAUCUCGAGAUGUGUUGAUGUGAAGCAACGAAGAUUAUUUGGGUUGAAAAGUCAUGAUUGCCACAUUCUUAUGCAGCAACUAUUGCCGAUAGCAUUGAGGAACGCAUUACAUGGUUUAGUGUCUGCAGUUUUAGCUGAUCUUUCAUCAUUUUUUCGGCAGUUAUGUUCUAAAGUGUUGAAUCCCAUGGACCUUGAUAACCUCCAGAAUCAAAUCAUUCUCACUUUGUGUCAUUUAGAAAUGAUAUUUCCUCCAUCUUUCUUUACUGUCAUGGUUCACUUAGUUGUUCAUUUAGUUGAUGAAGUGAGAUGUGGUGGCCCGGUACAUUAUCGAUGGAUGUAUCCUAUUGAAAGGUUCUUGGGGCAUUUGAAGUCUUUUGUACAUAAUAUGGCGCAACCAAUGAAAUUCGUUGUUGAAGAAAGACUAAUAGGUUUCUUCAUGCUUCAAACAGGCCAAGACCAUCUUCCUCAUCCAAAUGUUGAAACCCACUGUGAUGCUAAUCAUGCCAUGUUCAAACUAGAUUUAGCUUGUGAUGAAUUCCAGUUCUAA